AUGUCUUGCGAUUCAAGCUUCUCUUCCUUCGACCAUGUUGCCCUAGGCGAUGGAAGUCUCAAGGUCGGGCCUGCUUCCCCUACGCUCAUGCCAGCCGCAUCCGUGAUCGUCUUCGGCUCGCAGGGCUCGGACUUUCUCAACGGUUUUGAUAGCAUUAUCGGCCUUUCGCGCCACCACCCUGAGCUUGCUGCUUUCCUGUCCAUGGCUUUGGACGCCGUUCGGGCCGAACUCCAAAGUGUCGCCAAUCGUCAUUGCGAUGUCGCCACUCUCGAGUCCAACGCGGCCGUGAAGCAGCAAAAGCAGAUCGAGCUGCUGGCCUGCCUGCCUCCCUUCGAGCCAUUCUCUGACCUCAACACCCUUGUUAAUUUUCACCGCCGAAAGAAACUCAAGGAUCCAGUCAUCAACGGAGUGCUUCUCUGUCUUCUUCAGACUGCCAGCGUGGUUGCAGUCUACUGUGUCGCGCAUCGUGACGGAGAUAAACAAGAGUCUGCGUCAACGUCCGUUGCUCUCAAGGCUUGGAAGGCUCUGUCCGAGCCAUGCUCACACUUGUUCGGAUACUGCACCGGAGCUCUUUCUGCCUUCAGUCUGCGUCUGCUUAGCGAGGACCAAUCAGCAUCAGUGCUCCCCGACAUCUGGGUUUACGCAAACGAGGCGAUCAAGGCAAUCCGCAUCUGCUUCUGGGUCAGCUUGCAUUCGGCCUGCGGCGGCCUCCGUCUCGCUCGAGGAGAGGAGCCUGGUGCCGGAUCCGACCAUUGGAGCUUUGUCGUCUCGGUGAAAGACGCAGACUACAUGGAAAAGGUCUACCUGCGUCUCGCACGAUUCAACGAGCUUGAGCAGCAAAGGCCUCUCGACGAGCCUGUUCCUCUCGUUGUCACUGCCAAAGCGCUCGAUCAGGUUUCAAUCGGAGGCCCUCCCAAACAACUUGAGCGCUUCAGGUCGUACUUGCUCGAGCACAUGGGGUCGAAGUGCCGCGUCUUGCCUCUCAAGCUCUUCUCGCCUUACCACACCGCGGAUCUCGCGAUAGAAGCAGAUGCGGUCAUGUGCAACCUCGAACAUCUAGGGUUGGUCGACGACUCGCUUUUGCCUACGAGCCGAAAGAUAAUUUGGGAAACAGCAAACAGCAACAUUCUCUGCGAGACCAGGUUGCGCGACGUCGUGCGCGUCCUUGUUGCAAGCAACUUGGCCACAACAGCUGACUGGGACGCCAUGGUCGACCGCCUGAUGUUGCUGGAAGGAGAACGCCAGCUCGGCAAGCAGUACGCAAAUCGGCUUGUCAUCUCAUUCUCUCCCGGUACCAGUCUCGCCGCCGACGUGAGCACGCGCCUCUCCAUCCUUCAUGAGCCGAUGCCACCAGCUGAGCUCGUGACUCAUAUAGACGUGUCCUCGCUUCUCCACGACUACCUGGUUUACCUAAAUCAAUUAGGUGUGCAGGCCUCUAUCUUGCCCCAGUCCGACAUAGGCGGCGAAGAAGUCGUCAUCGUCUCGAUGGCUUGUCGUUUCCCUGGCGACGUGCGUAAUGCUGAACAGCUCUGGACGUGCUUCGAAACGGGUAGAUCGACGGUGACAGAAAUCCCUCAACACUUGUUCGACAUCAAUGCGUACCUCGGCGAAGGCGUCAACCAGACCAUGGCAAAACACAUGCAUGCUUUGCCCGAAACCGUUGUCAAAUCUAUGGACGCGCGUCUCUUCAGUAUGUCGCAAAAGGAGGUCGAGCAGCUGGAUCCACAGCAUCGUCUCGUUAUGUUGUGCUCCUAUGAGGCUCUUGAACGUACAGGCUACUCGGUAGACGCCAAUUCUCCCUCGUCCUUCGACGCCAAGCGCAUCGCCGUCUGCAUGGCCGCGAGCUGGGACGACUAUAGAGAGAAUGCGAGCUGGAACAUCGGCAGCUACUUCAUCACUGGCAACAUUCGCGCCUUCAUCCCAGGGCAUGUGUCGUUCUCUUUCAACUGGGAAGGUCCUAGUGUCUGCGUCGAUACACUCGAGUGCUCUGCAGUUUCGGCGAUUCAGUGGUGCAGGCAAGCCCUCCUCAGUGGUCAAUGCGAUGUGGCAUUGGCGGGCGCUGUCAACGUCCUGACGCAGCCGCAGAUGUUCAUCGCCAUGGACAAACAGGGCAUUCUCUCGCGCUCUGGUACGAACGCGACAUUUUCCUGCAAGCUCGACGGCAAGACGAGAGGUGAUGGAUGCGGCGUUCUACUACUAAAGAGGCGCUCGACGGCACUUCGAGAUGGCGACAAGAUUCUAGCCACUAUUCCAGCCGCCCGAACCACUUACCACGGACGCACCAACGAAGGUGAAGAAGCUGGCGUUGAACAGUCAAAAUUCCUGGCCCGAGUCGUGUCCGAAGCAGGCGCACGUACAACCGACAUUGUGCACAUCGAAGCCAGUGGAUUCCACACCCAAGGAGUAGAAGCGGUAGAGUUUGAUUCUUUCCGCCGACUGCUAGCCGAGUCGAGUGACGUCCGUGCAUCUGUAUCCCAAGACCAGAUCUCUGUGGCGAGCUCGAGACCCAACAUUGGGGCAGGCGAAGCAGUCUCCGCCAUGGCGUCGGUGAUGAAGGCUGUUCUGAUGUUCGAGAAAGCUAGCGUGCCACGACAAAUUUCGAUCUCGGACCCAGCGGAGCUGCAGCCCAGGAUUGCUGCCGCGUGCGCUAGCUCUGCUUUGUAUGUACCGACGCACGCACACUGUCUGCCAAAUGCUUCCGAAAGGCGAGGGCGACGCACCAUUCUCGUCAACAGUCUGGCGAGUACAGAUUGUCAUGGGGUGGUACUCGUGGGAGCGCCAAUGUUCGACGAGGCUCUGCCGUCGAUGUCUUGCCCCGCACCCAGCGUGACCAUUCCGCUCUCCGAGGAAGCUUGGAUCUUCGUUCUCUCGGCAAAGACCAAAGAGUCGGCAGAGAUGCUUAAAAAGUAUCUCAUCGACUACCUUCAGCGAGAGGUUAAUCUAGUCGACUUGAGCUACACACUCGCUUGCCGCCGAACACAUCAUCCAUUCCGCCUGAGCGUAGUCGCCUCGGCACAAGACGAACUUGUCCGACGUCUUCGUAUGGCUGAAUUUGUAGAAGCAAAGCAGCCAGCCGAACUUCCAUCGCUCGGGUUCAUCCUCCGAAGCGCGGCGCCAAUCUCUCCUGACAGUAUGGAGGCGCUCUUCAACCUCGAUCCUAGCCUUCAAGGCCGAUACCACGAGCUGUUAUCGAGGACGAGCUUCUCCAACGUCUUUGAGGAACCAAAGUUGAAGCUGCAAUUGAUGCAGACCUGCCUAGCUUUGCUUUUCAUCGAUUGCGGCGUCUGUCCAUCAUUUUUCCAUGCCGAUUCCGACCUCCUUGAGUAUUCCUUUGCACUCCAAUGUUGUGCGCUCGACGAGUUCAUAAAUGAUUUGGAGCCAGUCGCGGAGCCUGAUGCGACCAGAAGCCACGCAUGUAUCAAGCUCGACAGCUCGGUCAGCAUCACCUUCGGCACCGCAAGCGACAUCUGUGCCGAAAAAGCUGCGCUGGCUGUUCCCGCAGCAGAUCCUCACGCGCUCCGACGAUCUUUGCUCUCUUCCCUCGGGUCCCUGCACCAGCAAGGCUACCGUAUUCACUGGAUCGAGCUGUUCCGUCCUCAUCUUGCUUCAGUAAGCUUUGAUGACACGCUGCCAACGUAUCCUUUUCACCUCCAGCAGCAUUGGAUGGAAUAUCACGACCGCAAUCUUCUACCCCACACGGCUAUCGGCGCAGAAGCCUCUUGUGAGCCGAAGACGACCUCAAGUAGCUGCGUUGAGGCUUAUGAGCCGGUGUCCCAUCCUUUACUAACAGAGCAGAUGGGAGCAGGCACGACAUCGAGAACAUACCGUUCAGACUUCUUUGACGAGGCUCAGGCGGCCUUGCUGAAAGUAUCUUCUCCCGUCGCCGUGAUCGUGGAAGUGCUAUUCGAGGCAAUCAAAGAGGCAAGCAAAUCGAUCGGAGGAGAAAACUUUGUCAACGAGCGACUCUUUUUGCGCCUGCAGGAGGUUGAUCUGAUCAGUACAAAGGACGUGUCUAAUCUGGCCGAAGUUUCGAUCUCCGUUGCGUUUGACGAGACGACGAAGACGGAGCAUUCGAAUAAGGGCAGUGUCUCUAUCGUCUCAGAUCGCGCUGGGAAUCUCGGCGAGUGCCUCUACGAAUGGGCUCAUCGAGCGGAUCUACACAGGCGAUGGUCGAAAGUGCAGAGCUUCCUUCCGGAAAGAAUCGCGAGGAUUGAGAACGAUGGAGAGCUUUUCUCCUCCAAGCUCAUCCAAAAGCUCAUUCACAAACGUCUUCAUAGGAGAAAAGAUGCUGCCGCCAGGUCAAUCCGGAGCGCUUUCCUCAAUGCUCAAUCCCGUGAGGCGGUCGUCCGCAUGGACUUCCCAUCCACAUAUCUGGUAUCUCUCAACGGAGGUCAAGUGGUGCUGCCUCACCUCCUGUCCAGUCUUGAGGAGCUGGCAGUGUGGUUCGCUGACCAAUACUCUGGUCUGCAAGAUGGCGUACUCAGCUUUUGUUCGGUGGAAGACCUUUGGACCUGCGGCAUCUGGCUGGAUACCCUGGCGCAGCAGACGGCCUCACCUUACACGGUCUACAUGUCACCUUACAACAGUGACUGCACAAGGCCUCCGACCUUGUACGAGCGUGAACUCGAGCUCGAUGUGCUAGUCUUGGAUGACAGGCUCCACAUCGUCGGUCUUCUCACCCGGUUCCGGCUUACGAGAUCUGGCAGCGAGACGGAGCAGAAGGUGCCCGUUGCCGGGGAAAUCCCGCCUUCCACAGGAGUGCUGCACCCGGUAGCGAGCUCGAGCCCGCAUACUAGAAUCCAAGAAUCCAUGUCACGGGACAUGGUACCUCAGUCACGGUCUGCGAGGACUGUUCAAUCCAAGCAGGAAGAUCGAGUUGGGGAGUUGAACGCCAAAGUGUUGGGAAUCCUUGCCUCCGAACUGGGGAUUGCAUUCGAGGAGAUGAAGCCAUCGGUGAAGUUUGCCGAUCUUGGGCUGGAUAGCCUCAUGUCUCUCGUUUGCAUCUCUACGCUCGAGACGUUGGACCUUGGCUUUGCCAUUCCACAAUCCCUUUUCAUGGAGUGCGACAGUCCAGCAGAACUGUUGGCUUGGAUCCGGGCCCAGCUUGGCGACAAUGCUGACGUCGGCGAAGUGGAAUCGGUGCUCGCUCCGGUGCAAAGUGACAGCGGCAAUUUCGGUGACGCUGCAUUGCCACCUGCGGCAUCUUCCAUCGUAGCUUCCACCAUAGCCUCCACCGUAGCGGCAGUUCAGCUCGCGCCAACUUUACAAGCAUCUGCAAGAAGCACCGUCGCCGUGGAAGCCAUGAAGACAAUUCGAUCGACCAUCGAGACCGAGCUAGGUGUUGACGAAGGAAGCAUCAACCAAGACGCAAAUUUGGCAGAUCUCGGCAUGGACUCGCUCAUGUCGCUGCUCGUGCUCGGCAACCUGUCCGGAAUGCUGCCGAUCGAGUUGCCUUCUUCGCUCUUUAUGGAUUGCGCAUCGCUACGCGAGAUCAAUGAGUUCAUAGCGAGCCAGCUUGGUCGACCGUCUGCAAACGCUCAAGGGACGGGCCUGGCAGUCGAAGAGGGCACAGGUACGAGAGCCUCGAGCGCAACUAUCGACAUGAUUAUUCCCACCGCAAAGAAGCCGAUUCUUCUUCGCAAGAGUAACAAGAUGGAAAGCAGCACACCUCUGUUCCUGCUCCCCGAUGGAUCCGGCAUGUCGACGGUCUAUCAGCACUUCCACUCCAUCGACCGACCUAUCUACUCGAUCAACUCUCCAUUCCUGGCCGAUGCAUCCGCUUGGGACGGCGGCAUAACGCAGAUCGCGCGCUACUAUCUCGAGAGCAUGAGGCUGAUUCAGCCCGCAGGGCCCUGGUUGGUUGGUGGAUGGAGUUUUGGCGGUAUGGUCGCGUUUGAAAUCGCUCGUCUGCUUGCCACCUAUAGGGGCCCGACGACCGACAGAGUUGCAGGACUCUUCCUGAUCGACUCGCCUUGUCCCAAAACAUACCCGCCCCUACCGAUGAGCAUCGUCGAUUGGAUCUUCACCGCUCCCGAAGUCGAAGACAUUGCUCCACCCGCUCUAUCGAAUAAACUUAUCGCCCAUUUCAAGGCUACAGUCGACAGCCUAGUCGGCUGGCAGCCGGCAUCGAUCGAGCAUAGCGGGGAUGUCAACAAGAUGCCAAGGACAUGGUACAUCGUUGCUGAUCAAUCAUUGCCUGGCAAGAUGGACGAUAUUCAGGAGGUGAACGAGACGGUGCAGAUGCUUUUCAAGCAGAACAGGGCUCAAGAGCGCGGACCGGAUGGUUGGCAGCAUUUAGUUCUCGGGGAGAGGAUCGAGGUGAAGGGUUUGGCCGAGGCGAACCACUUCGCUCUUGUUCGUGAACCUGCGGUGGGCCAAAUCGCCGGGAUCUUGCAAGAGGCGUGCACGAAGGCAACGGAGGGUUGA